UCCGUGACACACAUGAAAAAGGAAGACGAGAUUGUUAGGUUAUGACUUAUGAUUCAAGUUUCUGACGUUUCUCAAGCUUUGUUAUUUUAUGUAUGCAAAUUUGUGUUGUUUUCGAAGCAAUGUUUGAAAAUUCAGAUGAUUACGACUUCAGUCCAGCUGAAAGUUCCAAAUUGGCCUCACUCUUUGGAACUUCUGCAUUAUCUGAUAGUAGUUUCAACAGCAGUCUGAAAUACACCGCCCCCAAACAGCCAAGCCCCUCAAAUUCAAAGGAAAAUGAAUCAUUGAAGACAAAACCAAAGCCUCAGACCAGAGUAGUACUGGCCAAAGUUGUUACAUUGUGGAAACUUGAAAAUAAGGAGUAUAAAGCCUUAGGUAAACAUGGUUUAGCAAUCAUAGGUUCUGAAGAUUUGAAAAUACAUGAAAUUAUAGCAUACAAAGAAAAAAAUAAUGUGAUAUUAAAAACAAAGCUGACUAGUGAUUUCCAGUUUCAUAUACAAAAAGACAAUUUCAGUUCUUUCUAUGACAAUGAUUCAAAUAACUGGUUAAUAAAAUUCGAUAAUGAAGAUCAAAAAGAAUUUAGUAAUGUGAUUGAAAAAUGUGGUGCUCAAACAGUCCCAAGCAUAGAUCAAGAUUCAGAAAAAAUCAAUGAACCAUCAGCAAAGCCUGAUCUUCUUCCAAAGCAAACCAAAAUUGCAGAGACCAAAACAGAUGAUCAUUCUGACAGUUCUGGGUCUCUUAAAAGAUCUAAUAUUCUUAAUAGAAUGGCCAGAAUGGGACAACAAAUUCUACCUAGAAAUUCAGUUAGAAAUACUAGUACUGAUAUUUCCGAUACUGAACCAGAAGAGGAUAAAAAUGAACGGAAAUUCACUAGAAAGCUAAAACAUACUAUGCCUGAGAGAAUAUUACCAAAAAAAUCGCCAGACAUAGAAAAACAAAUAGUGCCUGUCAGUGAUUUCUCAGUUGAAAACACCCCAAGUGCUUUCACACCAUCUGUGAACUCUGAUAUCCUCAGCCACUAUAUUCUCUCGCAAAAUACAGAACUCAAAAUGCAUCUUGCUCAAAUGACAGCAAAAUUAGAUUCCUUCUUCAUGGGCAACUCAAAAACACCAUCAACACCACCAGACACAAUGGCCCAAUCAAAAAUCAAGGCCCUGCAACUGAAACUAGAAAAUUUAGAGGCAUAUUUGAAGGACUAUGAGAAAAAAUAUAUGCGCCUGGAAAUUAAAUAUGAGGAUUUGGGCAGGAAAGACAAUGAUAAAAGUGAGAAGCUAGAGGAAGAAUUAUCUGUGUUGAGGAGGCAAUUAUUUGAACUAGAAAAGCAGCUUGAGGGUUUUGAGGCAAUGAAGAAAUCAUUGGAGCAUUGUGAACGUUGUAUUGAUGUCAAAAAUAAGCAAAUUGAGGAUCAGAAACAUGAGUUGCAAAAGUUGAAAGAGCUCAAUGUUGGCAGCGAAAAUCAACAAGCUACCAUUGACUCUUUGAAUAAAAUUAUUGAUGAGCUAAAAGAAAAAUUAAGGGCAUCUGAGGAGCAUGAAGUUAGAAUAGAGAAGCAAAAAACUGAAGAAACUGUAGGUCUUAGGUCAAAUACCAUCAAAACUAAUAUGAAUGAAAUGUACACUUCCAUACUGGAAAAUCUUGAUAGAGAUAAGACUUACUCAUAUGCUGAAGUGCAGAACACAGUAGCGAGAUAUUUGAAAAGGACAACAUUUAAAAUAAUUGAAGACCUGAGUGGCAUUGACAAAAGCAAUGUGGUUUUGGACACUGAAAAUGUCAAACUAGAAAAUUAGAGAUCAUGGUGUAAAUAUUAAUCUGUUUGUGGAAAAAUAUCCCAUAUAUUUUAAAUUAUUAAAGCUUUUAUAAAUAUU